AUGGAUGGGCUGGAAGAGUCACUGCGGGAGAUUCGGAGCAUGCUGAAAGAAUUCCUGAAGAAAAAGAAGAAAAAGAAUGAGUCCGAUGAGGAGGAUGGAGCACAAUCAUCUUACAGGCAAUCUGUUCGCAACAAUAAUCACAUGACUAGAGGUAUUAAAGCUGAACUACCAAUCUUUGAUGGUGAUAGAGUAGAAGAAUGGGUAUUCAAAGCCCGUGAGUACUUUGAAUGGUAUGCUGUACCGGAGGACAUGAGAGUGCGUAUGAUUUCUUUUCAUUUAACUGGUCCUGCUUAUGCAUGGUAUCGUUGGGGUGUUAAUAACAAUAUCCGUUAUACAUGGGACUCAUUUUUAGAAGCUCUCUUAGUUCGUUUUGGACAGAAUCAAUUUUACGAUCCUAAAGCAGCACUCAAGGAGUUAAAACAGGUGAAUACUGUGGCUGAGUACCAAAGCCAAUUUGAGGAGCUCACCAAUCAGGUGACGGGACUAAGUGAGGAAUGGGUAAUCUCUCUAUUUGUGGGUGGUUUGCAAGAUUACUUAAAAUGUGAGCUACUCCUAGCCAAACCUACCUCAUAUGUGACAGCAGUAUCCUUAGCCAAGCUCUAUGAGCAGAAAAACAACAGUCCCCACCCCAAAUUCACAAGCCUACCUCACCCAAACAGCCGCCAUAACAGCCCAAACACCAACCCUCCACCCACCAGAAACCCAAACAACACUUCUCAACCCCAAUUUGUUCCUGUCCCACUCAAUUCACCCAACACCAACAACAAAAAAAAUUUGAAUUCUACCCCACCAUUUAAGAAACUAUCAGCUGCUGAAAUUAAAAUGAAGAGGGAAAAGGGAUUGUGUUAUUAUUGUGACGAGAAGUGGUCACCUGGACAUCGGUGCAAGACAUCCUGCUAUCUAUUGAUAGGAGAUGAGGAAAUGCAGGAAAUUCUGAAGGAGCCUGAACCUGCUGUGAUCCAAAUUACAAAUGAGGAGCAACCUGUAGUGGUUGGUCCUGCACAACCAGAAAUCAGUUUUAAUGCCAUGGUUGGUCAAUACCAACCAACAACAUUUAGGCUGAAAGGAAGUUACAAGGGACACGAAGUUAUGGUCCUGAUUGAUGGAGGCAGUUCGCAUAAUUUUGUGAAAGCCAAUGUUGCUGAAAAACUGGAUUUCCCAAUUCAACAAACCACACCACUGCAAGUACUGGUUGGAAAUGGUGAUGUCAUUGGUUGUAAGGCAGUGUGUGAAAAUGUACCCCUGGUAAUGCAAGGGUAUCAGUUUACCAUCAGCACUUUCAUGCUAGAUUUACAGGGUGCUGAUAUAGUUUUGGGAGUACAAUGGCUCAUGUGCUUGGGCUAUGUAACAACACAUUAUGGUCUACUCACUAUGGAAUUUGUUGUGAAUAAUUUACCUAUCAAAUUACAAGGAAACAGGCUGCUUCAGUCUGAGGCGAUUAGUAACAAGAUGCUACGAAGGAUGGUGACAUCUGAGGUGGUAACCACUAUGUACCACUUGAAGAUGGUGGAUGAGGAGAAGGUAUCGGAAGCCACUAUCCCCAUGGAAGUGCAGCGGGUUCUAGAGGAGCAUCAGGAAGUGUUUGAAGAACCUACCCAACUGCCACCCCACCGUGAUGUGGACCAUAAUAUCAACCUCAUUCCAGGGUCACAGCCUGUGAGUAUACGACCCUAUAAAUAUCCUCAUUUUCAGAAGGAAGAGAUGGAGAGAUUAGUGUCUGAGAUGCUUGAAGCAGGCAUUAUUCAGAGAAGUCAUGUUGAGAUUGCCAGCCAAGUCCACCACGAAUGA